CCGCCAUAUCCACACCGUGUCGCCAUCGACGCCCUUCUGACCCUUCCUGACGGCCAAGUGCCCCUCUGCUACGACGCAGGUGUCUGACAAGUCUCACAAACUUUUGUGCUCCGACAGCCCUGCACGCCUCCGACCGUUGAAACAAUGGCCGACGUCGCUGCUGUGUCGACACAGCUCCAGCAAUGGUCCUUCGCAAAGCCUGCCGCUACCCGCCCAGAGCGUUCCGACAGCACAGCAUCCUCCCCGGACCUGUCCCACCAUGAGCCCGAGGCCCUGCGGAUACCUGCUUCUGCCGUGCGCGCUGCCACGAGCAUCGCCGGACAAGAGAGUGCCACAUUCCAGGAGCGCUACCUCUCGUCCGAGGAGGACCUCUCACCCAUGGACGGCAACUCUAGCGACUCGGACGACUACGACUCCGAAGUUGAAAUCCACGAAGCCACGGCCACGCCAGCCACGCCGAGCUUCUUCCGCGCACGCACAAUGUCAAUCUCGCGCCGGGAUAACGUCAAGAGCGGCGACAUGGCCGUUACCGUCUCGUAUGUGUCGGCUGGGCGACCCAAGAUGAUCCAACUCGCACAGUCACCCGUCUGCGAACCACCCAUCCGCUCCGCUUCGCUCGCACAGUUGCCCAUUGCGGCAAUCAACAAGCUGCGGCAGCAAGACAACCGGACACGCUCGCUAAUCGUAAACCCCAUAAUUCGGCCCAGUUCGCCCGCACUGAGCAUAGAUUCCCGAACGCCGUCCACGGGAAGCAGGCCAUACGCACAUAGCAACAAGAGUGCCAUGCUUCUCUCCGAUUCCGGUUCGCAAUCCUCGCUGCAAAGCGGCGACAGCACACCUCGGAGCUCAUCGCCCUCGGUGAGCGAAAAAUCAACUACCUCAAACCGACCAGUAAGCGCCGCAGGCUCGAGCUUCCAGCCACGCUCGUCGCUUUACGUCGUGUCGAGCGCGCGAAGCAACACCAGCAGCAACCUCCGAUCGCCGUUCCCGCCGCUGGCCCAACAGCCACCGGCACCUCACGCGUUCCUCUCCUCGGAUCCCUACGAAAACUCCACCACGAGUGCGGCCUCUCCGAUCAUCAAGCAGUCGCCGCACAAGCGCCUGCGCUCCAUCAGCCAGAGGCUCUCGCUCGCGCGCAUUGCAAUCGCGCCCUCGAAGAAGUACGACUCGAGAGCCAAUGGUAACCGGACAGGGAACAUGCCUCCUACGCCCUCAACGCCAUUCACGCCAUUGACACCUCAGACAGCCCCACUGCCUACGUCAACCGGCAUGAACAAGCUGCGCAGAAACUCGCGCAUGCUGUCGUCGCGGCCUGGCACCGCGCGGGUUCCCUCACCAGAUAUCCCGCCUAUGCCUGUGCGCUCCGUCACGAGCUCCAGCUUCUCGCCUCAAAAGUCUGCAAGGAGUAGCAAGAUGAUUGCGCGGGGUGCAAACGAGCGCGAGCCCACCCUCGAGCUGCCGCCGUGUCCGGUUGACGAUGCCGGCAUGGGCAGCCUGAAGACGCGCCGCGUGCGCAAGCGCAAGAGCCUCAUGGACCUGCUCUAAGCCCCAGCCACCACCGCGCACCACCCACGAGCCAAUCCAGUCGAGAGCUCUGGAACAUCGAGCCGGCCUCCACCCUCGCGAACGGCGGUUGCGCAAUGCAAUCUAUCGCAUUGCAGUGCAGA